UCGGAGUAGCCCACGCUGGAAUUCACAUUUGUAAACAGCGUAAUUAUGUUUUCCAAAUAUUUUUGGCUAUCGCUGCUAUUGGCGAUCGUGUAUUUCUUAUAUUCGCGCGGUUUUUAUGAGAAGAUCAAGUUUCAAUUAAUGGAAGAAACAUUAAAUUUAGCUGACACGAUAUAUUUUGGAUUAAAUGAAAACUCUGGCGGGUCAAAGAUGUUCACUAUAAGCGAAUUAGAACGAUAUACAAAUCUGGAGAAUGGUUUAUAUCUUUCGAUCUUAGGUCAAGUCUUCGAUGUAACAAAAGGAGAAAAACAUUACGGAUCAGGAAGAAGUUAUCAUGCUUUCACUGGUCGUGAUGCUUCUUUGGCAUUUAUCACUGGAGAAUUUGAUGAUCAAGGUUUAACGGACGAUAUAUCUAGUUUAUCGAUGCAACAAGUGAAAGCAUUGAACGAUUGGGUACAAUUUUAUAAAACAAACUAUAUUUACAAAGGAAAAUUAUAUGGUAGAUACUAUAAUCAAGAUGGUAGCCCAACUAUAGAAUUUUAUAAAAUACAAGAAAAGUUAUUACUUCUUCAAAAGGAGAAAGCAUUAGAAGAGGCACAAAACAGAAUGUUCCCACCUUGUAACGUAGAAUGGAAUCUAGAUAUUGGUACUGUAUUCUGGUGUACUGAAAGAAGCGGUGGAAUUGAUAGAGAUUGGGUGGGAGUACCAAGAAUGUUUUUCGAGACCGCACAAGGUUCAUCCAGAUGCACUUGUGUUAAAUUAGAUAGUAAGGAAUAUGAAGAAAAUAAAGCUAGAUUUAAAGAAUACGAUGGCUGUGAUAAGUAUGCGACGAAAUGCACUUUGAGAAUGAAUAAGACAUAA